CGGAUGUCGAAAGGAAUGUUAGCCAUGCGAACACAAAAGAUUUUUGCAAUCAAGGAAGGAUUGAGUACACUGUUGGACGUUACGCGCCAAGCUUAUGCAGAACAGUUAGAUGAUAUAACAAGUGAGGUCAACAGACUUGCACGCCAUUACGAUCUCCCUCUACGAUUAUCGCACACAAAAGCUCGCGGAUUUUACAUUCAAAUACCUGAGAAUGCAUUAAAAAAUUACAAAAAACCGUCUUCACCAGAGGUAGUUCAUGAGGGAUCAUCGGCUUCAAAUCAUGAUAAUUUGUCCAAUGAAAAUAAAUUCUCAGAUGAGAACGAUGAUGACAGCCAAGAUUUCAGAAGAUUUUCUUCACCUUCCGAAAGUAAUAAAAGUUACUGUCCCCCAACCAAUACAACACCAAAACAGUGCGAUUCACCACUUCAAAAUCUCCCGGAUGAAUUCAUAGUCCUUAUUACAUCAAGAGGUGUUGUACAAUGUACAACAGAAACACUUAUCCGUCUUAACGAACGUAUUAAAGGAUGUCUUUUUGAAGUUUAUCAUGUUUCUGAUCAAAUAAUUUGUGACUUAAUUACGCGUCUGCAUCCAGAUAUGGCAUUGUUUUAUCGUAUAUCUGAAGUGGUAGCUAGCUUGGAUCUACUUGCUUCUUUCGCCAGAAUGUCAAUGAGUUGUUCCAUAAGAGAUCAUUUUGUUUAUCCAAUAUUCACCGAUGUACUUGGCAUUAAAAAUGGACGAAAUAUUAUUACAGCUCAGAAACGACGAUCCCUGUGCAUAACAAAUCAUACAUAUGCAUCAUCUGACUCAAAUUUUCAUAUUAUAACAGGGCCACCUAUGUCUGGUAAAACAACUUACCUGAGACAAAUAGCCUAUAUACAAAUUUUAGCACAAAUAGGUAGUUUAGUACCGGCUGAAUUUGCUGCAGUAAGAAUAGCUGAUCAUAUAUUCUAUCACACUGGUGGAAAAGACAAUCUAAUGUUAGGGGAAUCAAGCUUUACUAACGAGAUAAGAGGAUUGAGAUAUAUUCUACAAAACUUUUCACGAUCAUCCAUCAUCUUAAUUGACGGUUUAUGUCAUAAUACAAACCCUGAUGAAGUAAGACAUCUGAACAUAGCCAUCUGUGAAGCACUUUUGCAACAUAAAGCAUUCACAUUUUUUGCUAGCAGUCGACAUGAAAUGACAUUUUUAACUUCUGUCUAUCCAAAUGUAGAAAAUUAUUAUUUUUCAAUACAUGAAGAAUCGAUAAAUGAUGAUUAUCGUGGACAUCAUACAGUUGACCUGGAUAGCAGUACAACAUCAAGUGUUAAUUGCAGCACUCUUACUAUAGAAUCUCCAUUGGUUCAUAGUUUUUCUGAGACACGCGAUAGUUCCAGAAUAAAAAGAUGGAAAAAUUAUUCCGGACUGUUGACUCCACAUAUCACUGAUUCUACUCGAAUUACAUUCACAUAUAAACUAGUUAAAGGGAAACCAUCUAAAGUUUUGUAUGCUGUUGAACUUGCCAAGCAUUUCGCUCUUCCUCGAAAAGUAUUAGACCGAGCUGAAGAACUUCUGCGAAUGUAUAUCUCAGAACAAAAUGCUAGUGAUGGGAAUCGAAUAUUGAUGCCUGGAAUGCACAAGGAUGCAAGAAAUGCAGAUAAGAAUUCUUACUCUCAAUUAAAAGGUGUACAAAAACAAGUAAUGAAGACUGAUUUGGAUGAAACAACUUCUUUCAAUCAGGAAGGGACAGGAAAAUCAGAUCUCGACAAUGAUGAAGAAAAUCACGAGAUACUCAGUGGAAACUUAUCAGCAAUUGAUCGACUAGAAAAUGAAUUAUACAGACAGUUAGAAAUCAUUUCAAACGCUUACGAAAAUAUGAGCACAAUGCGACAUCUGUCAGAUUCAGAAAAAGAUAAAAUUGAGAAAGAGUUAAUAAAUUAUCUUCAAUUCUUGAGUUGUCGCUACAAUGCAGUUUUCAGCAAACUAAACAAUAAGGAGGAGGAGGAGGAAGAAGAAGACGACGACGACGACGAAAACGAAGAAUAGAAAUCUUGACAGGAGUAAUACAAAGACAGCUUCUUCAACAAGUUUUUUUUUAUGGGAUACAAAAUUGUUGCUCAUAUUGUUCAAAAGAAAACUUUUCAGAAACAAAAUCAGUAAAUUUCGUUAGCUUUGUUUUCUUAAAAACAUCUUUAUUACUUUAAAUAUGGAUUUGUACAUUGAAUACAUCAUAUCGAUAUAUUCUACCUCUUUUUAGGUAAACGACGAGACAUUUACAACUUAUUUUCGUGUCAGUCAACUUAUAAUGCUGAACAAAGUGUAUUAAUUAGUGAAUUCACGCAGAUUCAAUUCAACCUUUUGUAGAAUUCCGACUGAAGUUAUUCACCAGUUAGUGUUUAGCGAAUAACUAUGGUUAUGUGAUUUAAAUUACAAAACUAGUUCUUACAUUAACCUUACAUUCAUGUUAAAAACAUCCUAACAAGUAGAGCUGAAGUUGAAAGGUCAGAACAUCAUCCUAGUCCUAAGAACUAAAUUACAAGCCUUCUUAUGAAUUCGAGGAAAUCAAGAUUAUAUCAUCUCAAGCUAAUAAUUCUGAAUAGUGAACCAAUAUCAUAAUUUGCAUUGCAAAUAAUCCCUUCAGUUUCUAGGAAACUAUUUAGAUAUGAUGGAAACUAAAUAACUGACAAUACAGUGUAACUCGUUGUACAAGAUGCAUAGAGAUGUGAGCUCAGAUAUCAU